AUGGCCGACGACCGGACCUCAGCACAGCCGCCCGACACGCAGGAACCCUCACUGUCGGACAUUCGGGCCGACAUCAGAGCCCUAACGGGAGCCAUGGUCACGAAAGCUGACCUGCAGGCAUUAUCAGCCACACUCCAUGAGGCAAUUAGAUCGGAGGUAGCUACAAUUCAGAGGGACAUAGUAGCCAAGAUGGACGCAUACAAACCCUGGAAGCAACUCAACUUACAGCAAGUAGCAGACUGGAUGCCACUGAUGCGGCAGUAA